CUGGGGGUUGCGGGUUCGAGUCCCGCGUCGCGUACAUUUUAGAACAGUUAAAACUGAAACUAAUUUAUUAUUUCCAACGCCAUAAAAAACCCGCCUUAACCGUUGGUUUGAGCUCUUCCAACAGUUAUGACCUUCGCUACGACAUCUCGUCUCGCGGCCCGCGCUUCUCGAUCCUACCUGUCUAGUGUUCUGCGCGCCUCUCCAGCGUUGAGCAAUGCUCUACCUUCGCAGCAGAUGCAGUGGCAGCGCUCGUCCUGUGCAAUAGUACCUCCAUUCCUGUCGUCAAGCACCAGCAAUCUGGGCUCCGUGCGAACCAAAGUGAGCGAGCGCGCACUACGCCGCAAGAAUCUGCGCAAGAUGAAAAGCCAGAAAGGAGGCAAGGUGCCGAUACUGAAGGACACACUGCGUAAACUUUAUCUACGCACGCACCCGGACCUGUUCGGACGUUAUCCGGAGCAGCAGCGCGCGAACGAGGAAUCGUACAAGGAGCUACUAGGCAUUCUGGACGCGAUUGAGAAACACAACGAGUUUCCUCCUGCCAAGACUCUUGUGCUGCCGUUCUUCCUGAAGACGCCGGUGGAGGGCGAGUUCAAAGAGGUGGAUCUGCAGUUGCGCACGACGGGGGGCGCGUGUAACACGUUGGUGGAGGAGGCGUUGGGUCGGUUCUUCGGUGAGUGUGGUCUGCCUCAGGUGUUCCGGUGGGGCGAGGGCAGCUGGGGCAAGGCUGUGGGCAAGGACGCGGUGGAGAACUCGAACUUGGGCUUUGACAAGGAAGAGGAGGCUCGCGAGAAGGCUCGCAAGGAGGCGGAGGCGGCAGCGAAGCGCGAAGAGGAAGUGAAACAGUCUGUACCAGCGUAUAACCCUGACGAUAGCAAAACGACGACGGAGGAUGCCUCUAUUGAAAAACUUUUGGAUGAACUGAACGAGGUAUUUGAAAUCAUCGCUGCUGUGCCUCUAAUGGAUGAAGAGGAGUAUGGCGAGCUGCGAGAGCAUUUCGAGAAGGGCCAAGGACUGGAUGAGAUUGAUGAGCGUGGGUACAACAUCAAACCCGGUACUCACAAGAUCUGGAAGGGUGAGCGCGACCUCAAGAAGGUGGUGGAUGGUGUGGACACCGAUUCAGCUCUCAUUCUCCAGCGUAUCUUGCUCCACACGCUCAACAUUGAGAGAAAAGUGCGUGAAAUGCUCACUAAUGGUGGCGUCGACCCCGAUGACGACGAAGAACCGGAAGAAAGCAGCAAGGCCAAUUAGAGAUUGUUCGUCAAAUAUCUUCACGUAUACCAUUUUUGCACAAGCAUUUGGAUAUCAAAGCUCAGUGCUUAGUUUUUCUAGAUCACUAACCACUUCGUCCAUAGUUGGUCUCUGGGAUGGAUCGAGUAUCCAGCAUUUCUCCACGAUAGGCUUGACACAGAGUUGAUGUGCGUGGACGAAAUUGGGUCGGCAUUCACUUUGAACUUUGCUCACCAACUCCUCACCUGUGACUCCCGUGAAUGGAUUGACACGAUUGCGUAUAGAGCUUGCCGUUAGCUCCCAUAGCACGAUUCCAAAGCUCCAGACGUCGACUUUGCGAUCGUAGCCCUGGUGAGUGAAUAUCUCCGGAGCAGUGUAUCCUGAUGACCCCACUUCUUCCAAUAGAAGUGGGUCGUUUUGGGACCAAACUAUAGCACUACCUAAAUCCCCGAUCUGUAGAAAACAAGCUUAAUCCACAGAUAUCUGACUAGGUACAUGGCUUUUGGUGUAUG